AUGGGUCAAAGCCUGCUCGACCGAAUCCAGGCCAAGCUUGAAAUCUUUCGCCUGGAGCAGCGUUAUACCCGCCGUCGCAAUCGAAGAUCCACCUUUCAGUCCAACGCAAUCUACGUUGACGGAGAAUACGUCUUCCAAACGCCCAGCAGCACCGGUUCGUCUGCGGAUUCCAGCCAAGCUCGGGUAAACGCUCUGCACGGCGAGAUGAUGUCGCCCAACAAAAGCACCACGCCUGUCCCAGGUUUCUCGACCGACUUGCGAACCGAAGCCUCGACUGAGCGCAAGCGACUAAAGCGAUUCAGCUCGAUCCCAAGUUUCCGAAAUGCUUUCGGGUCCAAGGAAAAAUCAAGCGUUGUCGACCGGCGCACCAGCAUGAUCAGAUGA